AUGAGCGGUACUGUCGACCUGUUCGGUGCCGACGGCCAGGAUACGCAGCCUGUCAUCUCAAUAUCGGCCUCGCAGUCUCUUAAUGCAUCUGAAUUUUCCCGGGAGCCUAUUCCCACGGGACUGGCGCGUCUUGAUCAGGCGCUGGAUAGCGCGUCGGUAGACCCGGGCCGACCUGGCGGGAUUCUGCGUGGACAAGUGACGGAGGUAUUUGGGCCACCAGGCGUGGGAAAAACUGCAUUAGCAAUGAAUAUCGCAUCAAAUGCACUUCGUGAAGGCGGAAAAGUCGUCUGGAUUGACACGAGCUCCCCAAUCCCACUCCCCAGACUUGAAGCACUGACACAAAUUCCCUUAACAAACCUAAUCUACCUCCGCACCCCAACUCUCCCCCAUCUCCUGUCCCUCCUAAUCCAUCCACCCAAAGAUUUCCCACCCCAAGAAACCUCUCUUUUGAUAGUCGACUCUGUCUCCUCAUUACUCCCCUCUUACUUUCCCAACGCAGCAGAGCUGAAAGAACGUCAAUCCCAAGGCAAAAUUACCGACAAGGCACAGCUACAGUGGCUUCUUAAUCGGAAGUGGAAUGUUUCAUCCGAUUUAGCGGUCCACCUGGCCAGGUUAGCGAGUCGGGGUAUUGCCGUGCUAGCUAUUAAUCAGGCACAUACGAAAAUCAAAGGUCAACUGCGUGCAACGUUACAGCCUAUUCUUGCGGGCGGGGGAUGGGAACAGAAUGUUAUGACGCGUAUUGCUAUGUAUCGGGAUUUACCCGAUAAGCGGUUUAUGGAGAUCACUAAGAGAGGUGGAAAGAUAUUCCCUGUUAGGAUCGGGGAGUUGAUUAUUCCAUUUCGGAUUGAGGAGGACGGUCUUCGUGAAUGGAUUGAUGUGGCCGAGCGGAGGUUUUUGGGCUUGCACCCACCAUUACCAUUACAGCAGACUCAGCCUACGCCAUGUCGGAAGCGGAAAGCAUCUAAUGAGAUUGCUGACAGCCAGGAUGAGGACUCGGAAAACGAAUUUGACUGGAAUGAUGAGACAUUAGUCGGUGCUAAGAGCGCCGAAGAAUGA